UACUAUUGUUCCUUUUUUUUUUUUUUUGCGCUAGCAAAGGGACACAAAAUCUUUGCUUUAGCUAGAGAGGUUUAGUAAAAGAAAGAAUUUUUUUUGCCUUCUUUGGUUAUUACAAUGAGGGACUUUCCUUCUUGUUUUGGUGAAAACGGUGUUCAAGUGGCUGAUUCAUCAGCAUCAUCGUCAAGUGCAGCUAAAGCUGCUCAAAACCUGGUGAGUUGUGUUUAUCAGUGUAAGUUACAUGGUCGUUCAUGCUUAAUUACGGUUACAUGGACUAAGAAUCUAAUGGGCCAAGGCCUUAGUGUUGCAGUUGAUGAUUCAUCCAAUCAAUGUUUAUGUAAAGUUGAUAUAAAGCCCUGGUUGUUCUCUAAAAGAAAAGGAUCAAAGAAUUUAGAGGUAGAUUCUGGUAAAAUUGAUAUAUGUUGGGACUUGUCUAAUGCUAGAUUUGGUUCUGGGCCAGAGCCAGUUGAAGGAUUUUACUUGGCUGUUGCAUUUGACCAAGAAAUGGUGUUACUUCUGGGGGAUUUAAAAAGGGAAGCAUACAAGAAGAUUGACACUAUUGCUCCCCUCAGUUCCGAUGCUGUUUUUAUUGCAAAGAGAGAGCACAUUUUUGGGAAAAAGUUUUAUGGUGCCAAGGCUCAGUUUUGUGACAAGGGACAGUUGCAUGAUAUCAUAAUCGAGUGUGAUACUGUCGAUCUUAAGGAUCCAUGCCUUGUUAUCCGCAUUGAUAGUAAGACAGUGAUGCAGGUCAAGCGGCUCAAGUGGAAGUUCCGUGGCAACCAUACCAUUUUGGUGGAUGGACUUCCAGUGGAAGUGUUUUGGGAUGUGCAUAACUGGCUAUUUGGAAAUGCUUUGGGCAAUGCUGUUUUCAUGUUUCAAACUUGCCUCUCUGCUGAGAAAUUGUGGGCCAGCCAGUCUAUAUUUGAUCCAUCUGUAUUGACAUGGUCUUACUCUCAAAAGUUUAGAGAUCACCAAGUACAGGGUCUUGGUUUUUCAUUAACAUUGUAUGCUUGGAAGCAUGAAUAGAAAUGUAAUUUUUCACUUGUGAGAUUUAGAAAAUACUUUAUGCUAUGAUUUUCACAGAUAUGUGAUUGAAAUAUAGUACUAGCAACCUAGAAGUUGGGGUUCAAUUGUUUUUUGUCUGUUCUUCUGCUGCUUAUAUUAUAUUAACAGCAUAAAUCAAUUGUUCUGGUUGCUUUUGUCACGUUAACCUGCGUUUUAAUUUCUAAGGAGAACUGUUAUGGAGACUAAUGGAUUGCAGGAAUCUGGUUGCAAUCAGAAUGUAUGAACGUAAAAUGCAGAAGCAUUGCUGCUUAUGAAUCCUCGAAAUGAAGGCCAUGAACAUUUGGGAUGGCUGAAAAUUGAAUAUUUUCAUGCACUAUAUUAGUGAGAGGCAUGGAACAGGUGUGCUAUAUUUUCUCCUUUGCAUUUAUUUAGCUUUUGUUAUAAGGUGAAAAGAUGUAAAAGGAACUUCAAAAACCUAUAUAGAGCCCUAGUAUAGCUAAGCAAAUGGAACUUUCAAUUUCAAAAAGCUUUAGUUUUAUGAUAGUAUGCUACAAGUACUCAAUUACAUGAUCAUAGACUUCAUAUAUUCAUGAUAUCUUCUAGUCACUAAGGAAGCUAAUGGAGUGGGAAUCAGUGAAGAGAUAAGAUGUAUUCUGAAGUGGAUGUCAAUGGUAUUGCAUGCGAGCCGUAUUGCAUUUAAUUUUUGAAACUGUGGAAGGAAUAUGCAAAUUGAUCUUAUGGAACUAUUCAUAUUUAGAUUCAAAAAGUUCCUUAUAAUUACCAGGACCUUAAUUGGGGAUAAGAGUUCAAUGGCAAAAGGUUGAAAUAUGGCUAGGCUAAUUGAGUCCUCUCAGUGAUCAAAGUUGCGCACUUAUACUAGAUUCAUUAUAGUUGUUAAAAAGCUAUUUCUUCUUAUUCACAACUGGAUGUCCUACAAUAUACAAGUUUUGCCUUCUGAAUAAGAGUAAUGAUUCUAAUUGCAAAAAUCUCAAAAGUUCUAGGCAGUUUCUGUAUUGAUUACAAAUAAGAUGAAUCUUAUAACAAAAUGAAGUUGAAGCAUCUUUCCUGACAUAAGUGGCAGUCUAAUCUGCAAUUGGCUGUUUCAGUGCAUGAAGUGUUAUAUGAAAUAUUCAUCCUUUCCAUAUCUCAGGAUAGAAUCUCUGAUCCUUGAUUUUCAUGAACACAUAAAAGCCAGCUGUCCAUCUAAAAAGCAAGCAAAUAAGAAGCUAUUAAAUGCUAAAUAAUCAUUUUGCUUCGACACAAUCUCCAUUGAGAAGUGUUCUUUAAUGUCCAAGGCUAACAUUAACAGUCUGAACUCUGAACAAUUUGGUUUCAAUAGCUUAAAGAUGAAGAAUUCAGCUGAUGCAAAUGAACCAGUGUGGAAAAUUUUACC